AUGCUUACAACGCCCGUUCCAACAACUGUAAUAUCACUUGAUGAUUUGCCUUCGUCAUCGUCAAAAAAACUCAUAACAACUACAGAAAAGGCAAAGUCUAAAUUGUCAACAGCGACAUCAGCAACAUCGAAAUAUACCGUUGGUGGGAAAAGGAGUCAAAAGCCAAUUCAUGAGAGUGACGUUGACAUGGAAAACCUCCCCGUAAUUCACGGUUCAUUUGAAAUAACAAAGACUGACGCUGACAUCGCACAAAAACGUUCUGGUGCAAAUCAAAGGCCAGCAUCGACUGCAUCAUUAACGCCAAGCACGUUAAAACCAUUUUUCAUCAGCCCCGCAUCAUCAAUUAAAAUAAAGCCUAACGAAAUGCACUCAACAGUAGCUCCAACGGUAAGUGAAAAUAUUUUGGAAAUGUUUUUGCAACAUCAAAAGCAACAAAUUCAGAAGAAGAUCAAAGAGCCGGUCACAGCAAAAAUUGAGAAAACGAAUAAAAAUGGGGAAACGAUGCUUGGAAAAACUCAUGCUUCAAGUACCACCACUGCCACCCCCACUACUGAGAACUCAAAAAGCGCUGAUAGCCCGAUCAUUUCAAUAUCAUCAACCUCUUCAACAACCGUACGUGAAAUUUCUCCACUUCCCCUCGAUUUUCAACUGAGUAAAAAUCUACCCCAACUGGAUGUAAGUCUCUUCACAAGCGCUCCAAUAUUGGACAAUGAACCAUGGCGUCCGAUUAAUCCAUCGUCAUCACAAGUAAACGCAGCAACAGCAAACUUAUAUCCAAAAGUCACGACAUCGUCAAAUGUUGAUUCAUCUUCUGUAUCACCUGACAUACUUCACAGUCCUUUUAAUCCAAACCCUCCAGAGACAGUUUUGUAUCGAAAUAAGUUUGUUGAUCCCGACAUGAUACAUCCACUCAACACCACAAGCGAUUCAGAUUCGGUGUUGUAUCAAAGCUUUUACAAUCCUGAGUUCUCUGUUGGGGAAUUGGCAAUUGAAAAGUUAGGCAUUGCUGAUGUUAAACCUUAUCCGCUCCCGGUAAAUAAAAUCGAUUUAAAUGAAAUCCAAAGGGUACCCGACUUUAAACCGCUCUCGCCUGGAGAGACAAACAAAACCGAAAGCACAAAAAUAAAUUAUGACAUGGAUAAGUUUGAGCACUUGGGAGGUGGUGUAAUUGCAAAAAAACCAGAAACGAACGAAGAAUUGUUGGUUGAUGGAGAAAAUGUGAAUGAUUCGCUUGAUGUUAUUCAUGAGAAUGAAGAAAAGAAGACGAGAAAUACCACAGAGACGAGUCUUGCUGACAUUUUCCAAGAAUUAUUAGACUUAGAUGACACAAACGACACUUUGAAUUUUAAUAAAACCGACGACAACAAGCUAGAAUCGAGGAUAGCUUUGGAAGAUUCAGUAGAGAAUUUAUCCACUGAGCAAAUCUUGACGACAACUGAGAGAUUAAAUUUCAUGAACAUGAAAGAUUUCAUAGUGCAAAUGCAGAAAAAUAAAUCGAAUGAAGAGGUGAACGAAGAGAACUUGGAAUUAUCAUCGUUCGAGAUGAUUUCUGGUAGCAGCAUGCAAACGACAGCAAAACCAACAACAGCAUUCAUUCAGGUCGAAACAAUGAAAAACUCUCCAUCAACAGCUGUUACCGUGCCUCAAACCACUGCACCAUCUCCACAACUCUUUCCAGCGAUAUCAAAAUGGGAAUUUGUCAAUGGAACACAAGCUAAUGUAACUGAAGCAAGCAUAACGAAGAAAGUCUUCAAUGAGACAUUACAAGCUGUCAUCGUUGAGAACUCACAAACCACAGCAUCUCACGAAAGUCGAGUUGAUAACUCGAAAGAUAAUCGAACAGUUGAUAAAACAAAUUUACAACAAUUGUCAUCAAUUUUCGAUACACUGGCUGCAAAGCUUGGGAUUAAGCCAAUCGAUUUAGCAAGCAAAAUGCCACCGUUCUCACAGCAUAAUAAAUUUCGUAACAAUAAUCGCACAACAAGAAAGCCAAGUACAACUGCAAUCAGAAAGCAACGUCCCACGACAAGAAUAUCAACAACCAAAGCUACACCUACACCUUCUGUCUACCGUGAAAUGACAAAAAUGACAAGUAGUAGCGAAUUUUCUUUGGAACCGAUGAUGGGACAUGCAGAAGUUGAGCCAGUUGAUCCAACAAAAUACGAAGAAAUUCUUUCGCUUAUGUCAUCAUCUCCCAUUACAAGAUUUACGUCAACGACUCCUUCACUUGUGACACUUUUACCAGUAAAAUCUAAUUCCGGAAUACGAAACUUCAAUCCUCGAGUCAAAUUAUCAUCACGUCCCCAAGAGAUUGACGAGAUCAGAAAUUUAGAGACGGUUGUAAAAGCGUCAGUGAAUUUCAAUGCCUAA